AUUUACUUAUUGUAGAAUUAGGCUAUGUGCAAAGUUAUGUGCACUGUAAUGUUCAAAGCAAAUGUCGUUAGAGGGGAAGAUUUUAAAACGACCGGUUAAUUCAUAAACUUGUAAGACCUUACCUUCACGCUGUGGAAAUACAAACGGAAGACCGAAGACAACGAGAACAUCGCUGAAAAGGGGCGGGGCCAUAUAUAAGAUCUAUGGUGUCUUGGCUUGGACGUUAAUAGCUAAUUAUCGUAUAGGUAUCGUUAUCGUUCUAAGUGUGAACGGGCCUUAAUGACAUCAGCUUCUCAAAUGGUCCCUUUAAAUGGCUGGUUCACCUGAUAGGCUGCAUGUUUCUCUCUCUCUCUCUCCCGGUAAAACCUCUCUGAGACAUUCCGCACCCUCCUGAAACUCUUCCACUCACUUUGUCUCAAAUUGAAGAGUCUGUCUGAGGAGAGAGAGGGAGAGAGACAUAACAUAAGCGCAUCUCCACUGCGCACAGAGAACCGCUCGUGUAUAUUUGGUUUCUAUGUUUCUUUUAUUUGUUCGUAAAUAUUCUUCCUCUCCAGCCGAACGGAUCGAUCGACCCCAGUUACCUUAGGUCGCGGAUGAAGGAUGUGCGCGUGGAGAGCCACUUUCCCUGGAUAUAAACAUGAGACGGGAUGUUAGUUAGACGGGCGCCGGUCCAAACCAUGGAAACCUGUCGAAAAGGAGUGAUUCUGUGUGUGCGAGGAUACUGAGACCCGUCAUGCGCUGUUAUUGACCUUCACUGCGCUUUUUUUUUUUUUUGGGGACAUUUGGAUCCGUCGGUGUGAUUGGAGAGGUCUUCUCUCUCCGCUAGCGCAUAAAUCUAUGGAAAAGCACACAUUGGGACAUGGAUAAACUGAUUGAGCCAUCUAUGGAUGUAGUGCCGAUGAUCAGAGCCCCUGUCUGAGGUGUGUUGGAGGUCUGGUGGUCUUGGGGAGUUCGUGGAAUGCGAACGCAACGACGCGUCGCGUCCUCCUUGCCCUGCUGUCCGCGGCGCACAGACGGUAAGCGAAACCCUGAAAGCUCUGAAAUAACGCGCAACAGACACAGAGCGCGCAUCUCAGUCUAGAUUCAUCAUGCUGAGGCAGAUGCUGUUGAACUCCACGGCAGCGGCGCGAGACUUCGAUCUGAUGAGCAGCACACACACGCCGGCGUCUCUGAACGUGUCCCACGGGCCCGUGAGUGUGUCGGCCCUCCUGAAGCCCACGGGCCGCGGGAGCGCCCUGCGAGAGGGAGAGCCUGACAAACCGGACCUGGCCACGUAUGUGGUGAUGUGUCUGGUGCUCUUCCUGCUGGUCCUCCUCAUCGUGUUCUUCAUCAACUGUCAGCUGAGGAACUCUUUCUUCGCCUCCAUGCCUUACGACCGCUCACUGCGAGAGGCCCGCAGCUCCUACAAAUGACCCGCUUGAGCCCCGUCCAGGCAAACUGGUUUGGAAAAGAGAUUGAUCCCGAACUCACCCAUAUGAUUGAUCUGUCUGUAUAUAAUGACUGUUUUGUACUUCUGCACGGCCUUUUCUGUCCAUAUAUGGUUUAUCACGAGUCGUGUGCGUUAUGUAAGAGAUUAGUUUCUUGUACGAUGUUAAACCAUGAUUAAAUCUCACAUUCAUGACCGUCUGUGUCUGGAAAAUGUGCUGAUAUUGAUCACGGUUGAUAGGAUGAGGUUGUGAUGAGAAGAAGCAAACAUGCAGAUCAUUUCAGCUCUUCCGCUUUUAAUUGAGCACACAGGUACGGCCUGGCGGUUAAAGGAAUCAUGUCUUCAUCCUCUUGUCGUCAUUUACUCAUCCUUGUGUGUU